AUGGCAUCCCUGAAUCUCUCCACCAAUGGUCCGUCGAUAUCGAAAAGCUACCAGUCGGUUGUCAACGCAUCACUUCCGACUGGUAAUGCCGCAUCGCCAACCUAUGGCUACUGGGCGGUCUUCUCUGUUUCAACCCCUCUUGUCAAUGCCUUCCAACAAGAUGCCGGUAACAAGGAGAGUGUCUUGAAGGUCCAGAGCUCGGGAGAUGGUGAGCUGGAAGAUCUCAUCGAGGAAUUCUCCGAAGGUCGCGUGCAAUUUGCCUACGUGAAGGUGACAGACCCGAACACGGGGUUGCCUAAAAACGUUCUCAUCGCCUGGUGCGGCGAGGGUGUACCGGAACGGACGAAGGGAUAUUUCACCAGUCAUCUUGCCGCCAUCGCCAAAUUCCUACACGGGUACCAUGUCCAGAUCACAGCUCGGGCGGAUGGUGACCUUUCCCCAGCGGGAAUUGUUCAAAGAGUGGCUGACGCUUCGGGCGCCAAGUACUCCGCUGAAUCCCAGGCACCCGUGGCCACGACCACGUCCACUUCGACCGGUCCUCGACCCCCAGUUGCCAGUAAGCCAGUCUUCACCCCCACCCGAUCUGGUGGGAUUGCCUCGACCCCGAUCGCUCGCACCACUCCUUCUUCCUCCUCCGCCAAAUUAGAUGACGAUGGCUGGGGUCCCGAUGCUCCCCCUGUGACUCGCACGCAACUCGAGAAAGUCCAGCCCGCAUAUCAGCCCACUCGCGUGAAUCUGCAGCAAUUGAAGUCAGAAAAUCAAACUCCGGCCCGCCAGGCACCCCCGCCGGCAACCCAGGAUCGGGAUGAUGUAGUCCGAGGAGGAUACCAGCCCAUUGGCAAGGUCGACAUUGCGGCUAUUCGGAAACAAGCGGCUGAGUCUGGACAGCUGAAGGACGACCGACCUGCUCCGGUGAAAGGAUCGUAUGAGCCGAUUGGCAAGGUCGAUAUCGCGGCCAUUCGUGCACGAAUGCAGAAGCCCGAGGAAACUGCGGAUACGGAAGCUGCCCCCAGUCCGGCGCCUUUCAAUGAACCUACAACGUUGCCUGAGCGGCCGGCCUCGAACCAGGCUGCUGGGCGCCUCACAAAUCUUCCAAAGCCCAAGGUUGCCAACAAGUUUAGCUCUGGCCCAUCAUUCCCUGGCACGAAGCCACCUCUACCCGUCGGCAUGGGUUCCUCGACUGCCAACGCCCCUAUACAGAUUGGUAGUGCCAGUCGAACAUUCGCGGACCAAGGCGGCAAGACUCCUGCCCAGUUGUGGGCUGAGCGAAAGGCUAAGGAGCGCGGAGAGGCCGUUCCUGCGGUGGAAUCGACUCCGCAACCCAUUCAAAGCCAGACCAGUGGUCAGGGCGAGUGGAAGAGCUCCUACACCGGCAAGUCAUGGGCCACUGUUCAAACGGUUCAAGAUGCGUCUAGCUCGUCCCGCGCCGCGGAUGUCAAGGCCUCUGAACCUUCUGAGCCUCGAGAAGCCGAGACCGCACCGUCAUCACACGUCCAAGAUAUCCGUGGCCAGCUCGCUCACGACAUUGCGCCGCCGGUUCCUCAAACAAGUCGCCCGGUUCCCCUGCCUGGUUUGUCCUCUGAACCAACCGAGCCCGAGCCCGAGGCCGAGCAUGAAGAGCCCGAGCCCGUGGCUGAAGCUCAGCAGGUGCUGCCCACGCCGCCACCGCAGCCGCGCUCCCCAACUCCUCCCACCCCUCCUGUUCGCGAGAGCUCGCCUAUCCGCGUGGCAAUGCCCGUGGGUCGCGGUGUGGCCGAUGCCCACGAAGAACAGCACUCCCCACCCCCCGCCAUGCCCAUUCAGAGCCUUCAGGAGGCAGUUCCGGAUGAGAAGGACUUGGAGGACGAUACUCAUCACGAUCUUGGCCGGGCUGCUGCCGAGGCUAUCGUUGAGCCUACCGCUGGAGAACAAUCUGCCGGUGGUAUUCGAGCCAUUGUCCAAUUUGACUAUGAGAAAGCGGAAGAUAACGAAAUCGAGCUUCGCGAAGGAGAGCAUGUGACUGAGAUCGAAAUGGUUGAUAAGGAUUGGUGGCUAGGUGUCAACGUCCGUGGCGAACGGGGUCUUUUCCCUGGCAACUACGUUGAGAUCAUUGAAGGUGAUGACCAUGACGAUACAGCUGCCGCUCACCAUGUUCCCGAACCUGUGGCAGAGCCGGAGCCAGAGCCGGUGGCAGCCCCCGUCCAGGACGCAGCGGCAGCCAAUGGAGGAUCCCAUAACCCCACUGCAACCGCACUAUAUGACUAUGAGGCCGCGGAGGAUAACGAGCUCAGCUUCCCCGAGGGAGCGAAGAUUGUCAAUGUGGAAUUCCCCGACGACGACUGGUGGCUUGGAGAGUACCAUGGAGCCCGUGGACUCUUCCCGGCUAACUAUGUCGAGCUGGAUAAAUGA